CUGCUGCUGCUGCUGCGGCGGGGGGGAAGGGGCCGGCUCGCUGCCCGCCGGCCCGGCCCGUCUGCGGGCGGAUUGAUGUGGGGGGGUCUGACAUGAGUCCGCCGGCGGCCGGGUGCUGCCAUGUGACCGGCUUCAAGGUGGAGAACUGGAAGCAGAACCUGCGGGCGAUCUACCAGUGCUUCGUGUGGAGCGGCUCGGCCGAGACCAGGAAGCGCAAGGCAAAGUCGUGCAUUUGUCAUAUGUGUGGUGCCCACCUGAACAGACUCCACUCUUGCCUCUACUGUGUCUUCUUUGGCUGUUUUACAAAGAAACAUAUUCACGAUCACGCAAAGACAAAGCGACACAAUUUAGCCAUAGACCUUUUGUAUGGGGGUAUAUACUGCUUUAUGUGUCAAGAUUACAUAUACGACAAAGACAUGGAACAAAUUGCCAAAGAAGAACAACGAAAAGCUUGGAAAUUACAAGCCUUCACCCCAACAGUGGUUUCUCACUACCAGUGUACAAUGACAGGCAUUGGAGAAAAGUAUUCAACAUGGGAGCCAACCAAACGAGAGUUAGAAUUGCUACGACACAACCCCAAGCGAAGAAAAAUAACCACAAACUGCACCAUAGCGAGAAGAUACACAGAUAACUUUUUGCUUGAAUCGCUAUUCUGCCAUUCAGCAAAUUGCUCUUCAAAUGAAAACUCACAUCGGGCUGCAGACUACAGAAAUCACACUGGUUCCUGCCUUUUGGGAUCUAAGCAAAGGACUAUUCCCAGUGUUGCAAGUCUACGAGGGCUAAUCAAUCUUGGGAACACAUGUUUUAUGAACUGUAUUGUCCAGGCACUUACCCACACUCCACUGCUGCGAGAUUUCUUCCUCUCCGACAGGCACAAAUGUGAAAUGCAAAGCCCCAGCUCAUGUCUGGUCUGUGAAAUGUCUACGCUUUUUCAGGAGUUUUACUCUGGGCACCGAUCUCCUCACAUUCCAUAUAGGUUAUUGCACCUGGUAUGGACUCAUGCACGGCAUUUAGCAGGGUACGAGCAACAAGAUGCACACGAGUUCCUCAUUGCUGCAUUAGAUGUGCUACACAGACACUGCAAAGGUGAUGAUAACGGGAAGAAGGCCAACAACCCCAACCACUGUAACUGCAUCAUAGACCAAAUCUUCACAGGCGGACUGCAGUCUGAUGUUACUUGUCAAGUCUGCCAUGGUGUUUCCACAACGAUAGACCCAUUUUGGGAUAUCAGUUUGGAUUUGCCAGGCUCCUCCACCCCGUUCUGGCCACUGAGUCCAGGGAGUGAUGGCAGUGUCGUAAAUGGGGAAAGCCAUGUAUCAGGCACCACCACUCUCACAGACUGCUUGCGAAGGUUUACAAGGCCAGAACAUCUAGGAAGCAGUGCCAAAAUCAAAUGUAGUGGUUGCCAUAGUUACCAGGAAUCUACCAAACAACUCACUAUGAAGAAGUUACCCAUUGUGGCCUGUUUUCAUCUCAAACGGUUUGAACACUCAGCCAAACUGAGGCGAAAGAUCACUACGUAUGUCUCGUUUCCACUGGAGUUGGACAUGACACCAUUCAUGGCUUCCAGUAAAGAGAGCAGAAUGAACGGGCAAUACCAGCAGCCGACGGAUAGUCUAAACAAUGAUAAUAAGUAUUCCUUGUUUGCAGUAGUUAAUCACCAAGGAACCUUGGAGAGUGGGCACUAUACCAGCUUCAUCCGGCAACACAAGGACCAGUGGUUCAAGUGUGAUGAUGCCAUUAUCACCAAGGCUAGCAUUAAGGAUGUACUAGACAGUGAAGGAUAUUUGCUGUUCUAUCACAAGCAGUUCCUGGAGUAUGAAUAGCCUUAUCCAACAGCUUGUCAGAUAUAAACAAGGAAGAAAAUAAGCAAGCCUUCUGAAACGACACACAAACCUACCUGAAAUGAAAAGACCCAUUAAAAAAACAACUAGCACUGAGCUGUAACAGGACCUACUUGACACUGGCUCAAAGCCUGGCGGAGUAAGAAAUGAACAAUGUCCAACGUGUAUGCAGUCCCGCAAGGACAGAAAGGGGGAAAAAAAGAGGCUACAGUCAGUCACUUAACAGAGGAAAUAUGAAAUGAAAGGAAUGCUCUGGGUGGGGGAAAUGGGAGCAGAGGAGUCCGGGCACUGGUACAUCUCCUAUGUUCCUCCAAAAUGUGUGUGGGAAGGCAAGGGGGUGUACCCUCAUCUCCAUAAAGCAUCUUCUCCAUUGGUGCUUCAGCUCCAACGACCAAUCAUAUAACAGUUAAAAUUAAAAAUCCAAGCCCAUUUUUUAUGCAUAUGGGUCUGAAAGCAGUAGAGUGGAGGAGGAGGGGAUGACACAACUAAAGGACUUUGCAAGUAUCUUUUUAUUUGUGAAUUUUAGUUAUUAAAUAAAUACAGUAUGAAACUAUUAGGCUCUUUUUUUUCAAAACAUAAAUCCUGGAAUGUGGAACUGAAGCUACAGUACUAAGACAGGUUUUCAGGUAUGCCUGCUUGCACAGGUAGUGUUUAAUGCCAUCGGACUGCUCAUCAAAAGCAUCAGCACAGAUUAUUUUCUGUUUGAGCCCUUUUUUGUUUUGUUUUCUAUAAACAGCUAUUUUCUUAAUUUUUUUCCUUUUAUUCCCUUUUUUCACGAGAAUGAAAUUCAUAAAUGCAACCCUCAGUAAAAUGAAUGAAUUGGCCUGUUUAUACUGUAA